AUCAUUUAAUCGAGCAUUAUAUUGAACUCUUUUUAAGUGCGCUAAACGUUUGACCAUAGCUGUAUGUCCUAUGCUAAUAUAUGUAUAUAAACAUGCAUACAUACAAUUAAGCGCAAUUUUCAUAAAAAGACCAAAAAGAACAAAUCUGUUAACAUGCAUACAAAUCACAUAUGGACAUAUCAAAUGAACAAAUCUGUUCUGUACGCAAGCAAAUGUAAGCUAAUGUAAACUACUUUUUUUCACACUUGCGUAUCACUCUCUCCCUCUCAUUUCUCUCCGGCAGCCAUAUUAAUUAAUUUCCUACUGUCAACUUGUGCUGAUUUCAUUUUCUCACCCGUAUUUUGUUGGGAGGAACGGGCCGGGACUGCGCCUUCUCUAUGAAUGAAAAAUUUUCCAGUUAAAUUUUCGGCAGCUUAAACGUUAGCGGUUUGUGGCAUUCUUAUGAACUGUUUGUUGAAAUAAAUUGAUCAAAAUGGGAAAACACAAGAGCUCCAAGCAAGAGCUAAUUUUAGUUGAGCUUAUGGAAUCUCAUCCAGAUUUGGCGAAGAAUUUUUCGAAGGGCGACAGAGUUGCUGUUGAGGAAAAGUGGAAAGAGCUAACGAUGCUGCUAAAUGCAGAAGGGCCGCCCCAAAAAGAUGUUAAUGGAAGGAAAAAAGGAAUUUUCAAGAUAUGGUCUGACUGGAAGGGGUGCAUUUGGAAAAAGGUUGCCCAUAACAAUCUAGAAUCGAGGGCGACAGGAGGUGGACCCUUUAAUAAGCAUGUACUGACGAGCAACGAAGAAUGUGUUGCAAGAACUUGUAGAAUUUUUGCAGCCGUUGAGGGCAUAAACCAUUCUAGAAGCUUUGGGACAGAAGAAAAUAAUAGCGUUAUUGAAUCUGAGGAAGAACGUCCCCAAACAAGUAGGGCAGCGGUGGCUACCCCGAGAGCUGCAAAAAGGCCACGAGUGUCAACGCAGGACAGCCUUCAGACGUGUAUGGCAACGCAAUCUACUUGUAUGGAGAAAAUAUCCACCACUUUAGAUAACAUUUGCGAAAACCAACACAAGAUUGCAAAAUCGCCGGAAGAUGAAAGGGAAGAUAUUCGACGACUUUGUCGUGCUGUUGAGAAACAAAAUGAAUUGCUGGCAGAGCAAAAUCGCUUGAAGACUCAAAGUAUAGAGCAAAAGCAAAGACAUAACCUCAAAAUGGAGCAGUUGCAACAUGAAACAGUUAAAAUUAAAAUAAAAUUGCUUGAGAUAGAGACUAAAAAAUAAAUAUAAAAGAAUCUUAUUGAA